GUUGCUACUUUGCACACGGCGAGGCAGAACUCGCCCUCGGCGGUGAUGCAGUAUCUCAGCAGCAGAUCAUCUCAGAAUGCUCCUCCCGGGCAUGGGACGAUGCAGAGGGAGGCUGCUGCAGCUACGCCCAAGCCCUCGCAGUUCGGCUUGCGCUGCGCUUUGAGGCGCAGCCAGAACAUCUCCUGCCAACGAUGGAAAAGACUGGCUUGCCAACAUCUGGAGUAAAAAUGCUGCUGAGGCCACUCGCCGGGAAGUUAUCACAUGUUGCACGCCGACGGGCAAGUCUUGGCAGCUGUUUGUAG